GGUCCACGGCUACAGACAGAAAAUGGCAGCAAACCCCACAAGAACAACUCUGGCUUUGCUCUUCUUUGCCCUCUCUUGGGUCCUGGGCACACUAGAAAUCUCUUGCAAAAAGGAAGACGGUGGAGCUGUGGACUGGUUUAUCUUUUAUAAGUUACCGAAAAGGCCUGGCAGUAAAGAUACAGCAUCCGGGCUGGAGUACCUGUACCUGGACUCGACAAUGAGAAGCUGGAGGAAGAGCCAGUAUCUGAUGAACAGCAGCAAGAGCGUUUUGGGAAGGACCUUGGAGCAACUAUAUAAAGUAUAUACCUCCAAGAGCAAUGAAACAGCCUAUCUAAUGUACAAUGAUGGUGUCCCCAAGUCUACGAACUACAGCAGAAAGUACGGACACACCAAAGGUCUACUAGUAUGGAACAGAAUCCAGGGGUUCUGGCUGAUUCAUUCUGUUCCUAGGUUUCCUCCAUUUCCAGAAGAUGGCUAUGAAUACCCAUCCUCGGGGAGACGAUAUGGACAAAGUGGCAUCUGCAUAACUUUCAAAUACAGCCAGUAUGAAGUCAUAGACUCUCAGCUCUUGGUCUCCCAACCAAACAUCUACAGCUGCUCCAUCCCAAGCACCUUCCACCAGAAACUCAUCCACAUGCCCCAGCUGUGUGCCAAGUCCAGCUCCUUAAAGAUCCGUGGCCGGCACCUCACCGUGCUUCAGUCAGCCCAGGGACAGAACUUCUUCCAUUUUGUGAAAUCCAGUUCUUAUACUGAUGACAUCUUUACAGCCUGGAUGGCUCAACAGCUGAAGACAGAUUUGCUGGCAGAAACCUGGCAGCGAAAGGGAAGUGCGCUUCCUUCAAACUGUUCCCUUCCUUACCAUGUCUACAACAUCAAGGCCAUUAAGCUGUAUCACCAACCUUACUUCAGUUCUUACCAUGACCAUUCCAAAUGGUGCGUUUCCACACAGGGCUCCAAAUAUCGCUGGACCUGUAUCGGAGACCUGAAUCGGGACCCACACCAAGCCUUCAGAGGUGGAGGAUUCAUCUGUACCCGCAAUCAGGAAAUUUACUACUCAUUUCAUAGAUUAUUAGUCCAUUAUGAGCCAUGUGACUAAGAUUGGGGAAAAGACAUGUGCACUGCUGUGGGAUGUAUGGCAAAUGUGUUGCUGAUUAAUCAAUAAAACACUGAUUGGUCGUUGGCUAGGCAGGAAGUAUAGGCGGGGCAAGGAGGAGAAUAAAGCUGGGAAGUGGAAGGCUGAGUCAGAGAGACACUGCCAGCCGCCAUGAUGACAAACACAUAUGAAGAUGCCGGUAAGCCACGAGCCAUGUGGCAAGGUACAGAUUUAUA